GCGGACAGACGAAAGUGAAAAAGCUAUUAUAGGCCUACAUUGAACGGAAACGACAAGGGCCUAGGCCUUUAUAAAACGAUGUCUGCAAGUAGACGUACACCGUACAGCACCGGAAGUUAUUGGCUUUUGGACCAAAACAGCGAUCUAGAUAUCUCUCUGAGCAAGACUCGGAACGCGCGGGGAAAGUGACAAAGUGCUCCCAAGAAAUCCUGUGCACGAUUACCUUCGUAGCCUAAAGUUGAAUCCUUGUACAGCGACGAAAUGGGGAGAAAGUCUACUUCAAAAUCCAAAGAAAAGAAGCUCAAAAAGAAAGAGGAGUCAGCUAAAGUAUCGGCACAAUGGGCAAAAGUGGAAGCUGCAAAUAAGAUGGAAGAUCCCUUGGCUGCUUUUCCAGUGUUCCAGAAAUAUGAAAGGAAUGGAUUGUCUGUCACUUUGGAAACAAAACGAGUCGGCGACUUGGAUGAAGACACUGUCAACUGGGCUUACGAAUUGACAAAAACUAACAUGCAGACCCUAUAUGAACAGAGUGAGUGGGGAUGGAAAAGCCGAGAAAAGAUGGAGGAGAUGACAGAGGAGAAAGCCUGGUACCUGGUGGCCAAGGACCAGGACGGCAAGCCGGUGGCUUUUAGUCACUUCAGAUUUGACAUGGAGCUGGACACGGAAGUCCUCUAUUGCUAUGAAAUACAGCUUUGCCCAGACGUGCGAAAGAAAGGGCUUGGGAAAUUCAUGAUGCAAAUCCUUGAACUUAUGGCAAACAGAUUUGAAAUGAAAAGUGUGAUGCUGACGGUGUUUAAGCAUAAUAAUACUGCACAGGAAUUUUUCAUGAACAAACUGAAAUACACAGUUGACGAAAUCUCUCCAGAGCAAGGUAUCUAUGAUGAGGAGGACUACUCCUACCAGAUUCUCAGCAAGCUGACCAAAAUUGGGCGAGAGGCGGCAAAAGAGGCCGCACUGCAGCCUCCACCUACAGGCUGUCCCAAGCCCUGUUGUUCAUUCAGUCAGUGACCAUUUGGGUUGUUUGAAGGAAGGGAUUCCUCAAGUGUGUGAUGGUCGUAUGGGAAGGAAGUGAUGAAGGAAACCACUGCCAUGCUCUUGACAAAGAACUCGGUGGUUGGGGUGACUUGAGCAUGUGGUGAAAUGAACCGUUUUCGAUACCAAAGUUGUCAGCAUUUUUUGAGGGAAGGGGAUCAGUAGGAGCAGGAGCGGUGAUGGUCAAAAAUCGAUUGUUUGUUCUGUGCGCAUCUCUAUUUUAGUUUUAUUUUAGUAAGUAUUUUACAGCUCCAGCAAAACUAAUAGGUCAUGCAGUGCCAAAGAUUAGAGAUUCUAUUAGAGAAUGUUGAAUAAAGAAAAGAAGGAGAGAUAAGGAUGGUAGGCAUUUGAUAGGAAGGAAGCAGCAAACUACACCAGACGGCCUACCAACCACCCAACCUCAUCUCUCAGCUUGACUUCUGUGUGGGGAGAAUUUUUAGUGAGUGUCUUGCUCUUUCUGUUGAGAUGUAUCCCUCUUAUCGUGGUUGAACCAUGCCAAGCUGGACUAAAGCCUGCUUUGCAAAUGAUAUAAAUCGUGUUGAUGGGGGCAUAAAAGUCACUUCCAUUGAAAAAAAAAUGAAUUUAAGAGAUAGCUGUAAACACCUGAAACUGACUUGGCAUGAAAACAGCAUCAUGUCGCACUGUCCAAAUCAUGAUAAUUCGAUUUCCUUUAUUUCGAUGGUGAAAUUAUGUACAUCGUAAUAACAAACAGAAAUAAUCCCAGUAGCACGCUGGUUACUUUCGAGAUUGGUAAAUUGCUUAUGACCAAGGUAAUGUGGAAAAAUGGGGUGGUAAGAGAAGCAGAAUAAAUUUAUGUUUGGUAUCUGUGUAACAACAGGCAGCAUUGUGACUUUACCAUCAGCCUCAUGUGUCCAAUUCUGAUGUGCAAAAAUGUGUUCCAAUGAUUUUUUCUCUCAUGGAUUCUGUUUUCAUGAUUGUAGUGUGAAUCGUGAUAUGUUUUUUGCAAUGAUCUGUUGCCUACACGGAAAGUAAUGAGACCCCUAAUAUCUCUGUAAUUAUGACUGCACUUGAAUUCUUCAGAUACCUUAUUGUGACUUGAUUUAUGGACAUAUUAAAUUGUGGUCCAGCAGUUCUCCACUUAAGUCUAUAUCUUGCGCCGAGUUACAAAAUUAGAAUGGUUUGAAAAUUCGGGGGAGAAACAGCUUUUGAGGACAACUGAUGGUAUUUCAACAGUGUUGUUGCUGUGGUUCCAUUUUUUACCCUCUAAUGGAACGUUUUAUCUGUAAAUGAGGGGAUUUGGUUUCAGACUUUCUUUCAACCCAUGAGUUUGAGUGGUUUUUUAAUUAAAUGCCAGUGUGUUCGGGUUGUAUAUAUUUGAGUAGACCUUUUUUAAUUUAAAAGUCAAGUUGGCUUCUUUUUUUUUUAAGUUGUCAGCAAAGUUGGUGUGGGAUUGAAAGGACAAUUUUGAAUUUAAAAAUGAAUUUCGGAGGUCAGACAGAAAGCAAUCACCCUAAUGCCAUCCCAAGGUAACUUGGUUUCGCGCUGAGGAAUGACUGGUUUGAGUGGAAAUUUGUGUCUAUCUGAUGUUCUUGGCCUAGACGCUUUCUUGUUAAGUGUAACAUAUUGAAUUCUUGUACAUGUAGAUCCACUUAAAACAAGUGAAAUGGAAGGCAAAUAAAUUUUUAUGAAUUAAAACAUAGACUUGUGA